AUGGUAGUCCGAUUACGCUUAUCACGGCAAGGGCCAAAGAACAGCCCCUUCUACCACUUGGUGGCCAUCCGCGAUUCGGCUCGUCGCGAUGCUCGCCCUAUCGAAAAGCUAGGAGAGUACGAUCCGGUUCCCAAGGUGGUGGCCAAUCCAGCAACCGGCUCGCAGAGCAGCUUUUCUGAGAGAGCCAGCGGAACUCUGCAUCCAGCGCAAGAUAGACGUACUGGUCUUUUCACCAGUGGCAUCGCUUCUGCUCGCAAUCCCAGAUUGGAGAAGAGAGUGGAGUGGAAUAGGCAGAGGAUCGCUUACUGGCUGCAAGUGGGCGCUCAACCUACCGACGUGGUAGCCAGGCUGCUGUAUAGGGUGAGUAAAUGCGCGUUUGUGAGAGUAGAAUCUUUGAACAUGUGGCUCAUCCUUGCACAACCGCUCUCAUACCCAAGGCCGGAGUGAUAGAUGAGCACGGAAGGGUGCAGCGGGACAGCCAACCGGAGGCAGGAGCGCAACGGAUCAGCGAUGCGGAAGCAUCUUCAAGUCAACAGGUCAAGCAGCUCGAAAGCGAAGCGCAGUCUGUUCGGGCAAGCAGCGCUCCCGAGGUGAAGAGCAAGCUGCCAGCCAUAUUGCAACUCAUUGCCGAGUCGAAGCAGCGAGCUGCAGAGAGCGCAGAGGCGGCCAAACGCGGAGAGACGAUGACGUCUUCGUCGCCAUCGCAGCUCCUGCCACCAUCUCGACUCUCCUUGGAGGAGCUUGAGCAGCAGCCGCCACAUCUUUUCAGACCUGAUCAGAGGUUGCGCGACGCUGAGAGGAGACGCGAGGGCGAUGGGCAGCUGCAACGUGCCCUUCGCGCCCCGCUGAGACUUUCGCAACUCGGCGUGCUCAAGAGGAACAAGGGCAAGGGCACACCGCCCCAUCGACCUCAACUUCCACCGAAGAAAGCGAACACCGAAUCAGAGGCAAGCGAGUCAAGCUAG